AUGGUUGUUUUUGCGCAGGAGUCGGGUCACUCGCGGUUUAAACAUCCCUCUGAGAAAGACUUGGAUCCUCUUGCAGACGGAUACCUCUCCUGGAUUGCACCUCCACCAGUAAUGUCUAGGAGCUCCAGACAGGCUCACACCCCGUACGCACACUUUGCCAUGAUAGCCAUUGACUGGAGAGGAUGUGUUCAAUUCCAGACCUCGCAAUCACUUGAAGGACGUUGCCGUUAUAUUUUCACCCAGGAUGUUAAAGAGAGAUUUAUAGAGGCCACAGGUGCAUAUUCGCAGCCCCCAAGGAUGGAAGUACCACAAAAGCGACGGCGGCUUCACUUGGAUGACGCACCUGAUGUCAGUUUUGAGACAGUGGAUCGAGUUCCGCUUAGAAUUGGAGAAACGGAUAAGGUCCUUGACUACUACGCAUCGGCUCUGCGGGCGUUUCAACAGAUCAAUUGUCGCCAAAUCGCCAAGGCAUUUAUUAAAAUGAUUGAACCUAGAAAGCAGGUUAAACACCCAUACAAUGGUGGGCGAGGGCCAUUGGGAGAGAAAGGCGAUCCAGAGAAGACCAAGCCCGAUUGGUGGCCUGCCGGAGUAGAGCAUAGAGAACCAGACCAUCUGAAGAAGCCUGAUCGCGUUGAACUUCUUGUUCAUAUUAUUAGAAACCUCCGCAAAUCACAUAACAUCACAACCGAGAAACUUGAAGAAGCCGGGAGAGAUGUCAGACGACAGCUAAAGCCACGCGAGCGGUGGGAUAUCCUCGAGGAGAUAUAUGCUGUUAGAAGAAUGGAGGAGAGCUAUGAGCGCGGCGAAGUUGAUGCCGACGCUGUCAUGUACGUUAUCAACCGAGAUCCCAGCAACAAAGGCGAACCUGAUUCCGAUUGUCUAUCCGAUUCCGGCCAUGCCUCGAUCAAGGACGCCAACACAUAUGCCAAGGUGGAAGACAACAAACCAGGAAUGAAAUACCUACCAGUGUCAGAUUUCUUGCCCUCCCCUGUGGAACAAAUUAGCACGCCGGUUACCACAGACGCUUGGUCGUUCCAGCCAUCCAUGUUUCAUCCUGUGUAUGACAGUGCACCGGCGUCACUUAAUAUCUCGCAACCGCAAGCCCAGACAGUGGCACCAAUAUUGGCUCCGACAGUAACAACUUCAGAGAUGCAGUUGCGCAUGCCAACUCAACUUGAUUAUAUGCCAUUGGCGGCUUCCGCAUUUCCUUUAAAUCAUUCGCAGCUUGUUCAACACCAUGGGAACGAAGUCAUUCCACAAUAUAAAUAG